AUGGGGAAAAACGGGCCACCGAAUCGACGGGAUGAACCAAGGCGAGAUGGGGGCGGUGCCAAACCCACAGCGGACUUCAUGGCACUAGGGCCAGAUCCACACACGCUCGUCGGCGCGCCACUACUGGGAAUUGAUGCAUCUGACUGCGGGGUGUUCUCCUUAUCACCCACUAUUUUUUUCGAUCCACUGGUUCUGUUGUUGGCUGCUGAUGGGUACGAACGACUGACGUUACUACUGCUGGUCCGGUUACUGUCACUACUACUGCUUCGGCUCCGAGAACGGUCUGGGACGCGAGCUGCUGGCGGCUUUGUCAACGGAGUUCGCUUGAGAGGCAAACGACUCUUCAAAGAACCGAGUUUGGUUCGGGCCAGUGAAGAUGGGCGCUUGUGCACUGCGGGUAUACCUGUACGAAAGAAAAGAAAGCAACAAGCAUAG